AUGUCUGCGGCCGACUUAGCUAAGGUUCAAGACCCCAAUCAGCAAUGCUCUUACAACCUGAAUGCUGCUAACAUGCCGGAGCUCAAGCAAGGCCAGCCCUUCCCUCAAUCGUGGAAGAUUGCAUCUAUUCAAGACAACGACCAACAAGCCAAGAAGGUCUGGCAGGAUAUUCAGAGCUCGGGGAUUAUCCCAGGUGACGUGCAAGUCAAGUCUGAUGGAGGACAACAUAACGCUGUUUCCCAGAAUGGCUAUAAUAGCCAUCAGGAUCCUGACUGCUGGUGGACGGCUAGUGGCUGUGUAACUCCCAAGCACCAGAAUAUCCCCUCGGACUUGGCGUCUUGCCCGGAGCCCAACACAUGGGGCUUAACUUUUGAUGAUGGCCCUAACUGCUCCCACAAUGCCUUUUAUGACUUUCUUUCUCAGAACAAACUCAAGGCUACCAUGUUCUUUAUCGGUUCGAAUGCCAAGGAUUGGCCAUUGCAGACUCAGCGAGCUAUUGUGGAUGGUCACGACCUUUGCGUUCAUACAUGGUCUCACCACUACAUGACUACUCUUUCAAACGACCAGGCCUUUGCUGAGCUGUAUUACACUGCCGUGGCUAUCAAGGCGAUCACGGGUGUGACCCCAACUUGCUGGCGUCCGCCAUUUGGUGACGUGGAUGACCGUAUUCGUGCCAUCGCUGCAGGGUUGGGUUUGCGUACAAUCCUUUGGGAGGCCGAUACAGAUGAUUGGAAUAUUUCUGUUGAGGGUAAAGAUAAAAUUGAUCAGAACUACCAGAAGAUCUUCAGUGAAGCUGGCCAAAAGAACCCUAUCGUCCUCACCCAUGAAAUUGAUAAUUCAACGAUGAGUGAAUUCAUGGGUCAAUACAACAAUAUCAAGAACGCCUACAAGAACGUUGUGCCUGUAUCUGCAUGCCAGAACGUGACAAAUCCCUACCCUGAGGAUAUUACCUACCCUACGUUCAACCAGUUUUUGAAUGGCCAAACCGCUCAAGGCCUGCCAGAUGGUAACACCAUCAAGGUGGAUCCUCAAUUCAAGUACAAUGUGGUAGCUCUUGCUGACCAGAAGGCAGGUUUUGCCAAUCCCAAGAACGCUGAAGAGGCUGCCAAGGUGGAGCAGAAACAGUCUGGCAACAGCUCCAAUGCAAGCCAAGGUUCCAUUUCUGACAACUCUAACAAGAACUCCAAGUCCAGCGCUGGAACAACGUUGGGCAGUUCAUCUGCUACCUUCUCUGCUCUGCUCGCCGUGUUUAUGAUUUUCAUGCUUUCCAUGUGA